AGGGUAGAUUUUACAGGAUGUCUUUAACAACAACGACGGAACCGUAUGUGCCGGGAACGAUUCCUUUUUCACAAUAUUUGGAGCAAUUAGAGUUUUUAUUUGAACAUAACAACUACACUGCCGAUAGAUUCAAAGUAUCUUUUUUGGCCGUUUGUGGCGUGGAAAUGUAUAGUCAGCUCAAGUUGCUUUUCCCGGGACAAAACAUUAAAGAUUUAUCCUACAAACAGAUCACGGAUGCAUUAAAAAAACGGUAUGACAAGAAGGAUUCUGACGUCAUACACACCUACAAGUUUUGGACCCGUCGACAGGGUCAGUACGAGAAAUCGGAAGAUUUCGUACUUGCCAUUAAGCAGAUGGCUGAGUUAUGCGGUUUUGGCGAUUUUAAAGAGCGAGCCAUUCGUGAUGCCUUAGUUUUGGGAAUUUAUGACCGGAAUUUGCAGAGGAGAUUGUUUGACGAGGAUGAUUUGACGGCUGCUAAAGCGGAGAAAUUGAUUGUCAAUCAAGAGCUGUCGUCUAAUAGUACUCGUUUUGUUAAUCGUGACGAUGAAAACAGAGGCAGUGUUGUUGCUAGGUUGGGCAGAAAGGUAGAACGUAAUUCGUCUAGGCCACAUUUUCGUAGUAGGAGCAGAAGCUUUGAUCGUGAUCGUUCGUACUACUCCAGGAGCAGAAGCGAAGGUAGAAGGUAUGGGAGUGACAGUGGAAAGAAAAGCUAUAAGUGUUCCUUUUGUCAUAAGACUGGGCAUACUAAAAAAUUUUGCUAUAGAUUAAAGAGGAAGAGCCCUCGUAAGAGUAAACAAACUGUUAAAUUUAUUGACACUCCUAAACCUUCCACUUCUAGUUCCUCGGGGCUUUUCAAACGGCUUAAAGAGGACUUGGACAAAACUGAUUCAGAAUAUGAAGAUAUUCAUUGCAUGAUGGUUUCUGCCAGGAGUAAAUUGAACGCACCGUGCUAUGUUGAGGCUUUGAUAAACAAAAGGCGGUUAUCUAUGGAAGUGGACUGUGGAUCUGCCGAGACUGUGAUAUCAGAGAAUCUUUUUAGGCGUAGCUUUAGUAAAUGCCAAUUAGAGAAGAGCAACAGAAGACUGUAUGUUAUCGAUGGUAACAGGUUGAGCAUUUUGGGCAAAGCAAGGGUCACAGUAGAACUGAACGGUAUCGUUAGUGAGCGGUAUUUGAUUGUACUUCAAGGGGCCAAUGAUUUUGUCCCGCUUAUGGGUCGCAGCUGGCUGGACAUUUUCUUCGAUGGAUGGCGCAGAACGUUCAUGGAUCCGAGGUUGCCGAUGCAGCGAAUCAAUGCAGUGAUAGACGAGGUUACGAAAGAGGAAGUGAUUGAUGAUGCAAAACAUAUCUUUGAGCGGUCGUGUUGUUUCGGCGCACAUGCGCCAGAUCAAGAUCCCUGAGGACUCUCGCCGGAAAUCAACUCAACGCUUUGUUUUUGGUGGAGAGAGUCCUGCAACUUUAGCAACACAACUUUGCAGCACCAACAACGGCAAUUUAAUUGAAAAUAAUGACAACGCCAGCCACAGCAGAAAACGUAGAAGAAGUGAAGGGGAGGAGUAUGAUGAUUCGGAUUCGGACUUUUACGGCUUUGCGGCCGAUUCCUUUUUGUUCGAUGAAGAACGAGUUUCCAGAAGGAACUUUUUAUCUACUCCAAAUGAUUUAGAAUUUCCGCGAUCUGAUGUUGAUGAAAGGGAAAUGUUAAAUCUUGCUAACGAUAUAGAAGCAAAUCCAGAGGAUGUUCGAAAUUCAAAUCAAAUAUUAGAGAAAAGAAGUAGCAAGAGAAAAGCGAAGAAAAGAAGAAAACAAGAUUAUGUGUACUAUUGAAUUAGGUAAAACGUUCGAAUAAUUGUACAAUUAGGUUGUGAACUGUAGAAAAAUGUUUUACUGUAUAAAAUGCAUGAAUUUACGAAUUGUAAGCACGAAAUGAAAAGUUUGCUUUCUGAUUUUGUUGUCUCUAAGAUCUAAAUUGUAAAUAACUAUUGUUUUAGAAAUGUAUGAACUAUUGACUCAAGGGGAAAGGAAUUGUAGUGGCAAAGCGAUGAUGCCACCGUUCGGUAAAAUGAUAGAAACCCUGUGGUGGGUUCUCAGAGUAUAGUUAGGAGAAAGAGAGUUUACGUAGAGCUCGGCUCGAGACACGUCUAUCGGAUUGAAUAAAUCAGUUUUAGUUUGACUUGCCACUGA